AUGUCUUUUCAGAGUACUCUCAGCCUGUCUCUGGACAGCCCCACCCAUGCUAUCUGCAUGGUGGGUAUGGAAAUCACCUUGGACAUCAGCGGGUGCGCCCCAGAUAAGUGUGAGUCCUUCACCAUCCGUGGCUCCCCCAGGGUCUUGAUCCACAUCUCCAGCUCCGUCAUUACCGGGAAGGAGGAUGCUGUGGUCUGGCGGCCAAUGAAACAACCCACAGAGGCACUGGUGAGGAUGGUGUCACCCAGCCCCACUGUGGACGAAGACAAGGUGCUGGUCUCCUACUACUGUCCUGACAAAGAGGUCCCCACGGCCACAGCUGUGCUGUUCCUCACUGGUAUUGAGGUCUCCCUGGAGGCAGACAUCUAUCGGGAUGGACAACUGGACAUGCCAAGUGAUAAGCAAGCUAAGAAAAGAUGGAUGUGGGGUCUGAAUGGCUGGGGAGCCAUCCUGCUCGUGAAUUGUAAUCCUGAAACCCCAGGCCAGUCUGAUGAGCAGUCCGGGGUUCAGGAGAGCCCCAAAGAAAUACAGAACCUGUCUCAGAUGACGCUAACUGUGGAGGGCCCCACCAGCAUCCUUCGGGACUACCAGUUGCUUCUACAUACCUCCAAGGAAGAGGCAAAGAAGACAAGAGUCUACUGGGCUCAUAGGGGCACCUCUGCCUAUGAACUGGUAGUAGGACCUGACAAACCUUUCCACAUCCUGCCUACCUUUGACACCCGUGGGAAAGAGACUUUCUACAUAGAAGCCACAGAGUUCCCAUCUCCCAGCUUCUCCGGCCUGAUCUCCUUCUCGGUCUCCCUAAUAGAACAGGCUCAUGACCAGUUGAUCCCAGAGACCCCGCUAUAUAAGGAUACAGUGAUGUUCCGGGUGGCACCUUACAUCUUCCUGCCCAGUACCCAGCUGCCUCUAGAGGUUUACCUGUGCAGGGAGCUACAGCUGCAAGGCUUUGUGGACUCCGUGACAAAGCUGAGCGAGAAGAGCAACGUGCAGGUGGCAUCCGUCUAUGAGGACCCCAACCGCCAGGGCAGGUGGCUACAGGACGAGAUGGCUUUCUGCUAUACGCAGGCUCCUCACAAGACUAUGUCCUUCAUCCUUGACACCCCGAGGGUUGCCAAGCUGGAAGAUUUCCCCAUGAAAUACUCACUGAGCCCUGGCGUUGGCUACCUGAUCCAAGAAACUGAGGACCACCGGGUGGCUAGCCUGGAUUCCGUCGGGAACCUGGUUGUAUCCCCGCCUGUCAAGGCUCAGGGCAAAGACUACCCACUAGGAAGGAUUCUCAUUGGUGGCAGCUUUUACCCCAGCUUUGAGGGCCGGGACAUGAGCAAGGCCCUACGAGACUUCGUGUACGCCCAACAGGUGCAGGCCCCUGUGGAGCUCUUCUCGGAUUGGCUGAUGACCGGUCACGUGGAUCAGUUCCUGUGCUUUGUUCCUGUCGAUGAUAAGAACAGUGACAGGAAGGGCUUCCGCCUGCUGCUGGCCAGUCCCAAUGCCUGCUAUGAGCUCUUUGAACAGAAGCAGAAGGAGGGCUUUGGGGACGUGACGCUGUUCGAAGACGUCAGAGCAGAACAGCUCAUUUCUAAUGGGAGGGAGGUCAAAACCAUCUCCCAAAUCCUGGCUGAUGAGAAUUUACGAGAGCAGAACGCCUAUGUGGAGAAGUGCAUCAGCCUGAACCGCACCCUCCUGAAGAAGGAACUGGGACUGGUGGACAAUGACUUCAUCAGGAUCCCACAGCUCUUCUGCCUGGAGCCGCUGACAAACGUCCCCUCCAACCAGCAGACCUCAAAACUCUUUGCGAGGCCUUACUUCCCCGACAUGCUACAGAUGAUCGUGCUGGGCAAGAACAUUGGGAUCCCCAAGCCCUUCGGGCCCCAAAUCAAGGGCACCUGCUGCCUGGAAGAGAUGGUCUGCGGCUUACUGGAGCCCCUGGGUCUCAAGUGCACCUUCAUUGAUGACUUUGACUGCUACCUGGCCAACAUAGGGGACGCCUGUGCCAGUGUCAUCGUAAACCGGGUACCAUUUGCAUUCAAGUGGUGGAAGAUGAACCCAUAA